UGGUGGACAAUCGCUAUGCCACAGCUCUGGUCAUCGGCUCGGUGCUGAGCCUGCUGGCGACAGUCUAUCUCUCUGUGGCUGUGGGAACGCAGCACUGGUACCAGUACAGCUGUCCACCAGUCAAACGUGAGGGGGGCAACGCCUCCGAGCUCAGAGAGGAGUUCAUCAAUGGAGAGUUUGAUGAGAAGACAUACAGUGAAACCAUGUUCCGACUGAACGGCACCCAGGGACUGUGGUGGAGGUGCAUACUGGUGCCCAGCCAGUCCCACUGGUUCAAAGAGCCAGGUAUGGCAGAUCCGAGGAUGGAGACGCAGUGUGUGAGCUUCACUCUUGCUCAGCAGUUUAGUCCAAAGUACAAAUACCCUGCAAUCCAAAACAACGAAGAGGAUCUGCUGAGAACAUACUUGUGGAGGUGCCAGUUUCUCCUACCCUUGGUGUCUCUGGCUUUGGUGUUCCUCGGUGGCCUUGUUGGGGUCUGUGCCUGCCUGUGCCGCAGCUUCACCCCCACCUUGGGUGUGGGAGUGCUCCAUCUACUCGCAGGUCUUUGCACUCUGGGCACGGUCUGCUGUUUCCUGGCCGGUGUGGAUUUGCUCCAACAGUAUUUGCCACCACCAGUAGGGGUGGAGGGCUCGUUGGGCUGGUCCCUCUAUCUUGCCCUCAUCUCCUUUCCUCUGCAGAUGAUGGCAGCUGCUUUGUUCCUGUGGGCAGCCAGGAGUCACCGCAAAAACUACACCCGCAUGACUGCUUACAGGGUAGCCUAGAGAGAGACUACUACAACCACUUCCCUUAAAACAGCCUACUGGUCUGAGGACUUUCUAAAAAA